AGAGGCACAGUGAGAACCCCAGAAAGAACAAGGGCUUGGGGACUAGACAGACCCAGGUUAAAAUCCCACGGACUUGAGGACUGGGGGAAAUGACCUCUCUGGCACUUAGCUCUCAUUUAUAAAAUGGGUUUGAAAAUCCCUGGCCCUCUGGGUUGGUGUGAAGGCUAAGUGAAGUAGUGUACUAAUCAUCCCAUACCUGACCCCGCGGUGUGGUCGCCGGCUGGCCGCUUGUGCCCCGCACUAGCCUGGGCCGGCCCCGAGACUGCCGGCGUCGAGCACAGCGCCGAGCACCAGCAGGGUGCUCAAGGGCAGCUGUGGAAUCCGCGGCGGUGGCUUCGAUUCCCGCCCUGCCACCUCGGACACGUCUUGUAGUCUCUCUGCGCACUCAGCACCCUCGUGCAUAAACUGGGAACGCGGUGAGACGGGUGGGGGAAGCGCAGGACAGACUCGCGCCCAGGAGGCUCCGCCGGGUAGCUCCCUCCUUUCGGCUCCGCGGGUCGCCCUCCCAUCCGGUCCCCCCGCCUCGCGCUCGCGCUCCGGCGCCCGCUCCCCCCCCCCCCCGCCUUCCCGCCACUCUCCACUCCCACCGCUCCUCCGCUCUCCACCUCCUCUCUUUCCUCCUCCUCCUCCACAUGCCCUCCCGCCGCGCCCGGUCCGCGUACCUGGUCGCCUUUCCCGGUCCUCAGGGACUCUAGGUCUCUCACUGCUGCGUCUCCGCGCCUCUCGCCGCGUCCCUCUGUCGCGCUGCUUCUCUCUGCUUUUUCUCUCCCUCAGUCGCUGUCUUUCCCCGGCUUAGUUCUGUCUCCGUCCGUUCCUCGCUCGCCCGGCCGUCUGGCGGCCCGAGGUGGCGGCGGGCCCGGCGCGGGGCGCGAUGAGCGACGCUUGCACGAGCUACGUGAGCGCAGAGCAGGAGGUGGUGCGUGGCUUCAGCUGCCCGCGGCCUGGGGGCGAGGCGGCCGCCGUCUUCUGCUGCGGCUUCCGCGACCACAAGUACUGCUGCGACGACCCGCACAGCUUCUUCCCCUACGAGCACAGCUACAUGUGGUGGCUCAGCAUUGGCGCCCUUGUGGGCCUGUCCAUAGCAGCAGUGGUUCUCCUGGCCUUCAUCGUCACCGCCUGCGUGCUUUGUUACCUGUUCAUCAGCUCUAAGCCCCACACGAAGUUGGACCCAGGCUUAAGCCUCCAGCCUCCAGGCUUUAAAGAGACUUUGCAGCUUCCUCUCUCAACUUCUUGGAAUGCAGUGUCACUAUGCAAGGAGCCUGGGCUAGCCCACUGGAAGACGAGACCACGCAGAAGCUACAUGAGCUCUCCACUGAGGCCCUCUAGACCAACCAGCUCCCAGUUGAGUGACCAGAAGAGUGAAACUACAUGAGUGACUCCCGGUGAGAUCAACAGAAGAACCACCAGCUAAGCCCAAAGUGCCAAUCCACAGAAUCAUGAGCAAAUAA